AUGUGGCCCGAUCUUAUACAAAAGGCGAAAAUGGGAGGACUUGAUGUCAUACAAACUUAUUUGUUUUGGGACGGUCACGAACCCUCUGUUGGAAAGUAUUAUUUCGAGGGAAGAUAUGAUCUAGUUCAAUUCGUCAAAUUAAUUCAUCAAGCAGGACUUUAUGUUCAUCUCCGAAUUGGCCCUUAUGUAUGUGCCGAAUGGAACUUUGGAGGAUUGCCUGUUUGGUUGAAAUUUUUGCCCGGAAUAGAAUUUAGAACAGAUAAUGAACCUUUCAAAGAAGCAAUGCAGAAAUUUACGACGAAAAUUGUGGACUUGAUGAAGUCGGAAAAUCUCUUCGCAUCACAAGGAGGCCCAAUAAUCUUGUCCCAAAUAGAGAAUGAAUAUGAAUUGAUGGAAUGGGAAAUUGGGGGACCUGGGAAGGCCUACAUGGAAUGGGUAUCCAAGAUGGCAGUUGGCCUUAACACAGGAGUCCCAUGGGUUAUGUGUAAGCAGGAAAAUGCCCCUGACCCUAUUAUAAACACUUGCAAUGGAUUUUAUUGUGAGAACUUCAACCCGAAUAAGGAUUACAAACCAAAGAUGUUCACCGAAAAUUGGACCGGAUGGUUCACUGCUUUUGGGGGACCAACUUCUUAUAGACCUGUUGAAGAUUUGGCUUUAUCAGUUGCAAGGUUUAUUCAGAACAAUGGUUCAUUUAUCAACUAUUAUAUGUAUCACGGUGGAACAAAUUUUGGAAGAACAAGUUCUGGCCUUUUCGUAGCUACUAGUUAUGACUAUGAUGCUCCCAUUGAUGAAUAUGGACUAAUUAGGGAACCAAAAUGGAGUCAUUUGAAAUAUCUACACAAAGCAAUUAAGCAGGCUGAGCCAGCUUUAGUGUCAUCUCAUCCCACAAUUAGUUGGCCUGGGAAGAAUUUGGAGGUUCAUGUUUUCCAAUCGAAAAUAGCUUGUGCUGCAUUCCUGGCAAACUAUGAUUCAAAAUAUUCAUCAAAAAUCACAUUUUGGAAUAAGGAAUACUCUUUACCUCCAUGGUCUAUCAGCAUCCUUCCUGAUUGCAAAACCGAAGUUUUCAACACUGCAAAGGUAUUAAUACGUUACAAAAACACGUUUUCCUUUGUUACUUCCCCACGAAUACAUGCACAAAUGCUUCCAAUUACCGACAAAUCAUUCUCAUGGGAAUCGUACGUCGAACAAGUGGCCUCUAUAGACGACCCGAAAACAUUCACCAAGGAGGGGUUGUGGGAUCAAGUAGACAUUACUUGGGAUACAUCAGAUUAUUUGUGGUACAUGAUUGAUGUUUCCAUUCAGAAAAAUGAAGCUUUUCUGAAUAAUGGGAAAUAUCCAAUCCUAACAAUAAUGUCAACUGGACAUAUUUUACAUGUAUUCAUCAAUGGAAAACUAUCAGGCACUAAAUAUGGAUCAUUGGAUAAUCAAAGAUUAAUGUUUAACAAUAGUGUACAUUUGGUAGCUGGUGUCAACAAGAUUUCUCUACUAAGUGUUUCUGUCGGCCUUUUUACGGGUGGCUCACAUUUUGAGAGGCAUAAUACUGGUGUUCUUGGGCCAGUGACCCUCAAUGGUCUCAAUGAAGGGACACGAGACUUGACAAAAUGGAAAUGGUCUUACAAGCUUGGUUUAAAAGGUUCGGCUUUGAACCUCCACACUACCAUAGGAUCAUCUUCGAUAGAAUGGACACAAGGAUCUUAUGUUCAACCAAACCAACCUCUUACAUGGUACAAGACAACUUUCAAUGCACCAGCAGGGAAAGAUCCGUUAGCGUUUGAUAUGAGCACAAUGGGAAAAGGAGAAAUAUGGGUAAAUGGGCAGAGCAUUGGAAGACACUGGCCCGGUUAUAUCGCGAAUGGAGAUUGCAGUAGCUGUAACUAUGCCACAUAUUAUGAGAAGAAGUGCUACACCAAUUGUGGGCAACCCUCACAAAGAUGGUACCAUGUUCCUAGGUCCUGGUUGAAGUCUACAGGGAAUCUGCUAGUUAUAUUUGAAGAAUGGGGAGGUGAUCCAUCUGGUAUUCAUUUGGUGAAGAGGCGAUUAUGAGAUGUUUUAUGGAUAGUUCUAAAUGGGAAUUAUAGGCUAGUAUUAUUGAGAUUUA